AUGGGAAAGAAAAGUUCUUUUUUGACAAAACUAUUUGCCCAGGGAGCAGACGAACCUGAUCCAGCUGAAGAAGGAUUUAUUCUUAAUUCGAUCACCUUCAACUUGGCGAAGCUGAUUUUUGCUCCGAGUCUUCCUGCUGGGUUUUCUUAUUGCAACCUUGAUCCUCGAAACGACGAAGACUUUCGGGAGAUUUCGGGUUUGCUCAGAGGGCAUUUUAUUAAAUCCAAACGAACUGAUGCGUCUUUUACCCUUUAUUACCCAGAUCCCGUUCUACGCAUGGUUCUCUAUCGCACGCCCCCAGAGUUCAACGUCGGAAUCCGAUUUGAAUCAGAGCUUAUUGCGUAUGCAAACAUUAUGCAGCAACAGAUUUCCAUCAAGGGCAGAAAUUCAAAUGCUUUCCUUAUUGAUUUUCUGGUUGUUCACGGAGAUUUUCGCGGGCGCAGAUUGACGCCCUGUCUUGCCGCCAAGGGGCUGCAGAACAUGAUCAAAUCGUCGUCUUUUAACAAGGAAUCCGUCGUACUUGUCACGUGCGCUUAUGAUCUCCCGCUCAAGAGAGUGGCGCUGCAUAAAAUAUACCACAGGCCGAUUCGACCCAUCAAACUUAUGGGAGUUGGAAUGAUGCCGAUCCAGAUUGAUAUUGACAAGUGCAGGCAAAAGUUUAGCUUGAAAACUGGAAAGAACAGACUCAACAUGGAAAGACUUCAAGCCAAAGAUUCUGACAGCGCCAGACUGAGGCUUUAUCACUUCCUUGAGGAUGGCGAUAUCGCGCCAAUUUUCAAGAAAACAGAUUUCGAGCACUUUUUUCUUCGGGAUGAUGGUGCAACAGUGUCCUUUGUGUUGAAAGAAAACGAAGUUGUGAAAGAUUUUGUGAGCUUUUAUAGAGCCGACACGGAGAUAAAAGACGAAGAUGGUGAAAUCGAAAGAGUAAUGGUAUUCUGGCUAAUGUACGUUGCCAGUGAUAGGCCAAAAGAAGUUGUCGAGAGUUGCUUGGAAUCAUUGAAAGAUUUGGGCGGUGAUAUGCUCAACAUUUCAAAGGGUUCCAUUGGAAAAGAGCAUUUUCCCGACUUUGAAAGCAGCAAUCUUUACCUGGAAGGAACCGGUACAUUACGAUAUUACAUGUUCAAUUGGCGGAGCAUCGGAGAGUAUCCAAAUGUUAAAAUUACGCUUAUAUAA